CCAACACUCACAUAACAAAGCACACGUGCAAGCAGCGGUAGAAAACAAACACAAAAAUGGUGCGAAAACUUAAAUUUCAUGAGCAAAAAUUGCUUAAAAAGGUCGAUUUCAUUACUUGGAAAGUCGACAACAGCGGCAAGGAGAAUAAAAUCUUACGUCGCUAUCACAUACAAAAGCGUGAGGAUUACACAAAAUACAAUAAACUAUCGCGUGAAAUUAGAGAACUCACUGAAAAAAUAGCCAGACUCGAUGCGUCAGAUCCAUUCAAAGCGGAGGCAACCGAUAUGCUUAUGCACAAACUGCAUGCGAUGGGAGUUGCCAACGAUCAUCUUACCCUGGAAAGCGCCAGCAGGACAUCGGCCAGUCACUUUUGUCGGCGUCGUUUGCCCGUGGUAAUGGUCAAACUGAGAAUGUCCGAAACACUGAAACAUGCCACAGACCUAAUUGAACAGGGUCACGUCCGAGUGGGCCCUGAAAUGGUUAAAGAUCCCGCGUUUCUUGUCUCUCGCAACUUAGAAGAUUUUGUCACGUGGGUCGAUGGAUCCAAGAUAAAGGAGCAUGUACUGCGAUAUAAUGACUUGCGCGAUGAUUUCCAAAUGUAAAAUCUAAAUUUAUCUAAUUUAACUUCACUUACAUAAGUACAAUAAAAUAUCGAAGCAACCUUAAA